CCUAGCUGCCGCUCCGAGGCAACCUCCCUGCAGCAGGGACCACCCCACCAUGGCUGCCAAGGCCCCGUCCCUCUCCGAAGCCCUCACCAGCGGCUUCCUGACCUGCACCAUCUGCCUGGAGCGCCUCCGCCGCCCCAAGAUCCUGCCCUGCCUGCACAGCUACUGCCAGGAGUGCCUGCGGAAGUUGGCAGGAGGCCGGAAGGAGCUUCAGUGCCCCGAGUGCCGUGAGCGGGUGGCCCUCCCACAGGGGGGCGUGGGCGCCCUCCGGACCAACUUCUUCAUCAACGGCCUGCUGGACCUGGUCCGCCCCACGGGGGAGGCAGAGCCCACCUGCAGCCUUUGCCCGCUCAUUGGCCAGGAGACCGGCUGGCCGGCCGUCUCCCGCUGCCUGGACUGCGCUGACGACAUGUGCCGGGACUGUGCCAGCGGGCACCGCUGCUCCCGCCUCACCCACCUCCACCGCGUUGUGGCCAUGGAGGACUACCUCUCCGGGGAGCACGACGAGGAGAUCCGGAAGCGCCAGGCGCUGCAGUGCAAGGAGCACCCCGGCGAGGAGCUGCGCUUCUUCUGCACGCCUUGUACCGUCAUCCUCUGCCGGGAGUGCCGGCUGGGGGCCCACCUCCAGCACCCUUGCCUGCCCCUGGCUGAGGCGGCCCAGGCCCGCCGGCCGGUCAUCGUGGAGCUCCUGGCCGGGGUGGAGGAGACGGUGCAGGUCAUCCGGGCGGGGAGGGCCAGCCUGGAGAGGGAGGCUGCGCAGCUGCAGGUGCGCGAGGCUAGCAUCCGGGAUGCGGUGGAGGAGGCGUGCUCGCAGGCGGUGCAGCGGCUGCUGGCGCAGCAGGAGGAGGUCCUGGGCCAGCUGGCGGACUACGGGAAGGAGCGGCAGAAGGCCUGCCAGGCCCUCUGCUCCGAUCUGGAGUUCCAAGAGCAGGUGGCCUCCAGCACCGUGGCCUUUGCCCAGAAGGUGCUGGGCCUGGGGAGGGAGGUGGAGAUCGUCUCCCUGGAGCAGGUCAUCUGUGAGCGUCUCAGGCAUCUGCAGGGCUUCUCCUGGGAGCCGUUGGCCACCCGCCUGCCCUGCCUGGAGGUCAACGCUGAGAUCGAGGGCAGCGGCCCUUGCCUGUUCCACCUGGAGUUCCGGGAGGAGAGCCCCACUGGAGUGCCGGAGGGGCCCCAGGAGGCAGCCACAAAAGGGGCAAAGAAAGAGACCCACCUGCCCUGCUUGGAGGUCAACGCUGAGAUCCCCACUGGAGUGCCGGAGGGCGCCAAGGAGGCAGCCACAAAAGGGGCCAAGAAGAAGACCCACCUGCCAGAGAGCCCCCAGGAGGCGGCCACAAAAGGGGUAAAGAAAGAGACCCGCCUGCCCUGCCUGGAGGUCAACGCUGAGAUCCCCACUGGAGUGCCGGAGGGCCCCCAAGAGGCAGCCACAAAAGGGGCGAAGAAGAAGAGGAGGAAGCAACAGCAGCAAGUGCCGCCUGCCAAGGAGGGAUUCCACAUGACCACCCUCAUCCUCAGGGGCUGCCUCCAUGCCGUAGCCCCUGUGCCUCCUCCCAAGGUCCCAGGAACCCCCCUUCUGACACCCAAGCCUCUCUUCUCGUGUAGCUUCUGCGUCAAGAUCCCCAGUGACAAGAAGCGUCCUCAGGUCACAGGGCUCUGCCCCUUUGGCUCUGGAGAGCUUCUGGUGGCUGACAAUCAAAACCAGAAUCUGAAGCGCUUCUCCCUGAAGGGGGAGUUCAAGGGCACUGUCCCUGUCCCCAGUGGUGUGGCCCCGGUCAGCUUGGCCACCGUGGGCAGCAAGGUGGCCUUCACGGCUGGCUCCUGCCUCUACCUCCUGAAUGGUGAGGGUGACCUGGUGUGGCAGAAGGCUCUGGGGCAGGGGCAGGCCAGCCAUGCCGUGGCAGCACUGGGGGGAGACCGUAUGGCAGUGUGUGUGGCUGGGCAGCUGGAGGUGUACAACCUGGAGGGGCGACUGCUGGAGAAGAUUGUUCCUGAGGACAGUGCAGAGAGGUGCCUUGUCUUCCUGGCCAACCACAAGGACGGCUUUGUAGGCUCCGACUGGUACCGCCGCAGCGUGGCCCUGUUCACCAAGACGGGGCAGCUGGUGGCCGAGUGCUCUGAGGAGCAGCUGGGCGAGUGCCAGCCGGGGGCCGUUUGUGCCGACAUCAUGGGCAUCAUUUACGUGGUCUUGCAGGAGCUGAACAAGGUGGUGGCCUUCUCCCCCAGUGGGAAGGAGUUGGGGCCGUUCCUCACUGCCGAGAACAGCAUCGACCAGCCGCGGGUGGUCACGGUAGCUAGGGAGGGGCGCUUUGCCGUGGCUCUGGGCGACGGCACUGUCCACAUCUUCCGGAUCAGGUAUCAGGGCAAGUGAGCCAGAGAAAGGGCAAGGGAGGGGGGUUAAAAGCUGUAUGUCCCAGAGUUAAGGACCCAAGGCAGACUGGUGUUCCCAUGGUCACACAGGGUGAGCAAUGGUGUG